GGAAUGGAGGGGAAAAAAAUGAUUUCUGCAACAGACACACAGUACUCCAGUGUGCUCCUUCAGUCUCUGAAUGAACAACGUGGUCAUGGACUUUUUUGUGAUGUUACUGUCAUCGUGGAGGACAGGAAAUUUCGAGCUCACAGAAACAUCCUUUCAGCCUCAAGCACCUAUUUUCACCAGCUUUUCUCAGUGGCUGGUCAAGUGGUUGAACUGAGCUUUGUAAGAGCAGAAAUUUUUGCAGAAAUCCUUAACUAUAUUUAUAGUUCCAAAAUAAUCAGCAUUCGAUCCGAUUUACUUGAUGAACUGAUUAAAUCUGGGCAACAGCUGGGUGUUAAAUUCAUAGCUGAUCUGGGCAUACCUCCCUUGGAAGGCAAAACCGUGCCAGGUGAGGUCAAAGAUGGUGCUUCAGAAGCUUCAACUUGUAGCCCAGGUCAAAAGGAUGCUGAGACACAAGUACCUGUGGGAAGGCCAGAGGGUCAGGAGGUCACGGAUGGGAUGCCAGUUAUAACACAGUCCUUCUCCUUACAUGGCAUAGAGUAUGAGACGACAAAAAUCACCGUGAAUGAUUCAGAUGAUGAGGAUGAUGAUGUCGUUUUCUGCUCAGAGAUUGUUCCUCCAAAAGAAUGUACUAAAGAUACAAAUGCUGCAGCCCAGAACCAGCCUUGCCCAACUCCAGCUGGAGGUUCAGACCAAAAAUCAUGUGGCAGUGGUGGCUCUCCCCAUUUGACCAGCACCCCAGCAGCUCAAAAACUCACUUUAUCUGCUGGUCAGCUAAGCCCAAACCAAACACAAUCAAGUGCUGCAUCACUUGUCUCUGCAGCUCCACAGCAUUUGACUCCUAAUAUCAUUGUGCUAAAUAAGCCUCAGCUGAACAUGUCGCUCAGUGCCAGCUCCUCGCACCAAACACAUGUGCCCCCUACAAUUAAUUUACUCGAGGACAACCAGCCACCAACUCAUAAUGGCUCUGUAGCCGAAGUGGAGACAACUGCUGUUGAUGAUGAAGAGGUUGUUGAAGAUGAUGUCGAUAUCAUUAGCUCCUCUAGUCCUGGUUCAGUCAGCAGUAGCUCGUUGGCUCAGCCACCUUCAAUACCCAACAAGGCAGCUGAAGGAACAGGUGUACAGAAAAAACAGGUGGUUACCCUUUCACAAGAGCCGUUUUCUAAACCAGGAGAUUUUAAAAUAAAAAUCUCGGAUGUCCUUAGUGGAAACAACAAGGAAUUUGGUUCAGGUGUAGCAUCUGCAGAAGGGCAGAAAAUCAUCACACUGGAUACAGCAACUGAAAUAGAAGGCCUGUCCACAGGCUGCAAGGUUUAUGCAAAUAUUGGUGAGGAUACCUAUGACGUAGUCAUUCCUGUAAAGGGUGAUUCUGCAGAAAGUGAACCCAAGCCUGAUGAAACCCCCAAAACAUCUGGUGGUGAUUCUCCCAGCAGGAAACGCAUGAAAGUAAAGCACGAUGACCAUUACGAGCUCAUAGUGGAUGGAAGAGUCUACUACAUCUGCAUCGUGUGCAAGAGAUCAUACGCGUGCCUGACGAGUUUGCGGAGACAUUUCAACGUUCACUCCUGGGAGAAGAAGUACCCGUGCCGGUACUGUGACAAGGUCUUCCCUCUGGCAGAGUACCGCACCAAGCACGAAAUCUACCACACCGGGGAGCGGAGGUACCAGUGCUUGACGUGUGGCAAGUCUUUCAUCAACUACCAAAUCAUGGCCUCCCACAUCAGAUCAGUCCAUAGCCAAGACCCUUCCGGAGACACCAAGCUCUACCGGCUGCACCCCUGCAGGUCCCUGCAGAUCAGACAAUACGCCUACAUCACCGAUCGCUCCAGCAGCAUCCCGGGAAUGAACCAGGGGGGAAUUGUCUAUCGUGUUGGCGCAGGGAAGGAUGGCACUGAGGGAACAACAUCUAACCCUCCAGCCAAACAAAUCACCUGGGAUGACAUUUUCAUUCCACAGGGAAACGAGGCAAUUUUUAAACAAAAUCCAUCGGAGGCAAGUAAUGAAUUUGAGUUUGUGAUACCAGAAUCUUACUGA